AUGUCAAUUGUCAACGAGAUAUAUAUGUUUGUGUCUAUACACUCACAAGCAAUAGGACUGUAUAAAGAGAAGGUAGCUGAAGUCCUAGACACUAUAGGAAGCAGAUUGUCUUCUUUGAAUUCUGUCGGUGAAUUUGUAUCUAUUACGGCUUCAAGGAGUAAUACAGUAUCCAUUUUGGCAUUUGAAGUUGCUAAUACUAUUGUCAAGGGCUCAAAUUUGAUGCAAUCCCUUUCAAAAGAAAACAUCCAGAUCUUUAAAAAGGAGAUUUUGCAUUCAGAAGGGGUGCAGUUGUUGGUUUCUACAGAUAUGAAGAAGUUGCUAAGUAUUGCAGCUGCUGACAAGAGAGAGGAACUUGAAGUUUUCUCCAGAGAUGUGGUGAGAUUUGGAAAUUUGUGCAUAGAUCCUCAAUGGCAUAAUCUGGAUCGUUACUUAGAAAGGUUAAACUGGGAUUUGGUCCGUGGAACAAACAAACAACUUCAAAAGAAGGCUGAAAUUACAAUGCAAAAAAUGGCCAAUCUGGCUAAGCAUACUUCUGAAUUGUACCAUGAGUUAGAAGCUUUGGACAAAAUGGAACAGCAUUAUCGGCGUAGGCUCGAGGAAGUGCAAUCUUUGCAUCUUCUUCGAAAAGGAAAGAGUGAGCUAAAGCAUCAUAAAAAACUCGUGAGGAAGUUGAAAAAGAGAUCUCUUUGGCCCAUAAUUUUGGAAGAGGUUGUGGAGAAGCUUGCAGAUGUUGUCAUCUUCAUCCACCAAGAAAUUUCCGAAGCUUUUGAGAACGAUGCACAUUCAACAAUGAAUGGCAAGAGCAUCAAGGAACCCGAAAGACUAGGCGUCACUGGUCUUGCUUUACACUAUGCCAACUUAAUCACGCAGAUGAACUGCAUUGCAUCUCGCCCUACGUGUUUAAUUCCUAAUAUGAGGGUCACACUAUACAACAAUUUACCAGCCAGUGUCAAGUCAGAAUUACGUUCUAGCUUACAAGCUCUUGAUUCCCCAGAAGUGAUGACGGUGUCUCAAAUUAAGGCGGAAAUGGAUAAAACUCUUAAUUGGCUCGUUCCUUUAGCCACUGAUACCACCAAAGCUCACCAUGGUUUUGGGUUUGUUGGAGAGUGGGCAAACACCGGAAAUGAAUUUGGGACAAAGACAGCAGGGAGUAACAACAUUAUUCGGCUGCAGACAUUGUAUUAUGCUGAUAAGCAGACGAUGGAUCUAUACAUACUCGACUUGAUCAUCUUGCUUCACCGUCUGAUUAGCCUUACACGAUAUAAAGAUGAUGUAUCUUCUUCUUCAAAGGGUCUGAAUCCGCAUCAUGAUGGUAAACUCAAAAGGAUCCAGAUAUCUUCAGAAGACAAGAAUCUGUCGGGAAAAGGUAACCAAACAGAGAAUAUUGGUUCCCGGAGUAAGCAAUUAAGCAAUAAUUCAAGAACAGGUGCUGGUGAAGAAGGAGAAGAGAGCUGAGGUUUUUGCAUCCAGUGGAAGCAUUAGAAAGAUUUGAAAUAUGCAGAUACCAAACCCAUUGUUUGUUCAUAUUCUUUCGUUGUAAAAUAGUUCUCAUGCAAAUUUACGUAAAUACACACACAAACACGUGUGUAUUGUAUAUGUGUAUAUACACAUAGGGUUUGAACGAUGCGAGAACAUUUACGGGUCUCAAAAUUAGUUAACAUAUGAUAAAAAUUA